UGUCCUGCAGCCUCGCGCGGCAGAGUCUAAUGCCAUGACCGAGGACGCAUUCAUCCUCUGUUGAGAACCAUGCACAGCCGGCUGAGUCCUGCUGGAAUGAAACGACUGAAGAGGGCUUUCAAAGAACUCACCUGUGGAUUUGCGCCGUGAAUGCCUUAUAUGACCAAACCUCUGAUUUUACUUCUAUGCCUGACCAUUACCGGUGAAUGUCGUAAGCACAGGGUGCGGAGAUGGACCGGUACCGUGGAGACCCAAAAGCAUGGCACCUCCUUGGCGAAGAAGCCUCCAGAUGUGACCAAGUCUCGGAAAAUGAAGACAGAGCAUCUGCUCAAAGUAGACGAUCAUGACUUCACUAUGAGGCCGGCAUUUGGAGGUCCUGCAAUCCCUGUUGGAGUGGACGUUCAGGUGGAGAGCUUGGACAGCAUCUCUGAGGUUGAUAUGGAUUUCACCAUGACUCUGUACCUGAGGCACUACUGGAAGGAUGAGCGCUUGUCAUUCACCAGCAGCACAAACAAGAGCAUGACAUUUGAUGGUCGCCUGGUGAAGAAGAUCUGGGUCCCUGAUGUCUUCUUUGUCCACUCCAAGAGGUCCUUCAUCCACGACACCACCACCGACAACAUCAUGCUACGUGUCUUUCCUGAUGGACAUGUUCUCUACAGCUUGAGAGUGACAGUGACAGCAGCCUGUAACAUGGACUUCAGCCGCUUUCCUCUGGAUUCUCAGACCUGCUCACUAGAGCUGGAGAGCUAUGCCUACACAGAUGAAGACCUGAUGCUGUACUGGAAGAGCGGUGAUGAGUCCCUUAGCACUGAUGACCGCAUCUCCUUAUCACAGUUCCUUAUCCAGAAAUUCCACACCACAUCUCGCUUAGCCUUCUACAGCAGCACAGGCUGGUACAAUCGUCUGUACAUCAACUUCACGUUGCGACGCCACAUCUUCUUCUUCCUGCUGCAGACAUACUUUCCCGCCACGCUCAUGGUGAUGCUUUCAUGGGUGUCAUUCUGGAUCGACCGCCGGGCUGUACCAGCCAGAGUUUCCCUGGGCAUCACCACAGUGCUGACCAUGUCCACCAUCAUCACUGGAGUGAAUGCGUCCAUGCCCCGGGUGUCCUACAUCAAGGCGGUAGACAUUUACCUCUGGGUCAGCUUUGUCUUUGUCUUCUUGUCAGUGUUGGAGUAUGCCGCCGUCAACUAUCUGUCCACUGUCCAGGACCGCCGGGAGCGCAAGAUGAGAGAGCGGGCACGAUCUCAGUCACUGCCCUGCACCUGCGGGAUAUCACAGACACGAACAAUGACCAUGUUGGAUGGUACCUACAGUGAGGCUGAUACUAACAGCCUGGCUGGCUACACUGAGGAGCCCAUGGUGCCAGAGGAAGAUCAUGAAGACCUGCGCGAGGUUUCAGAGAAACCUGAACACAUGGUGGUCCAUCUGUCAGUGAGCAGCGAGUCCACUACCACCAAGAAGAAGAAGAGCCUGCGUGCCCUCAACAUUAUCCAGAACACACAUGCCAUUGACAAAUACUCCCGGAUGAUUUUCCCUGGUUCAUACAUCUUCUUCAACCUUAUUUACUGGUCCGUCUACUGCUGAAAGACACUGAGGCCAGAGAGUUGAACACACAGACAGUAUGAAUGCUGCAUCAAAAUGGGACACUUCUGGUCUAAUCCCCAGAGUGCUCUUUUACUGUAUGUCUUGUAAUGAUAGAUCAUUAGCUUUAAGGCCUUGGACAGUAACAGAGCCUGAAAAGAUGAGUUCUCUUAGGACUGAUUUGAUUUUUUUCCUCAUGCAGCUAUUUGAAUGUGCAUUAACGUUCUAAACUAAAACAAAGCAAACAAUCAUUUAAAAACGCUUUUGUUUUUAAACUGAUGCUAAUUCUCUGUUGAAAAGCUCUUUGUCCUCAUUUUUGAAAGUCAUGACUUACGUGACAACUUAAUUUCUAACAUGUCAAGAUAACAAACUUUGAUCGUAUUUUAAACUUGUUAUCUGAUAUAACUUAAUAUUGAGGAAUCAGCAAGUCUAAGAGUGUACACCCAGGUUAGCAGCACUGUGGGGUUGUAUUUAGUGGUGCUUUGAGCUAAAUGCUAAUGCCAACAUGCUAACAUGCUCAUGUUAACAUGCUGAUGAUGUUUAGCAGGUUUCCAGGUUCACCAUCUUAGUUUAGCAUGC